GAAGAAGUGGAUAAGAAGAGAGAUAGUAUGAAAGAGAGAAAGAGAGUUAUCAGAAAGAAAGAAAAGAAAAGGAAAAUAUGGGAAAGAGAAAGAAGAGAAGAAGACGAAGAAGACGAAGGAAGGAAGAAGAAGAGAAAAGUCAUGGAAACAGUCACCACCAUCAUCUCAUCUUCAUCAUCCAAAUCACUAACUUCAUCUCUAUUUCACCAUCUUCAUCUUCAAGGUAUUCCUUGCAGAUUUAAUUCAAGAGUAGCUGUCUAUGGAUGUUUCAAGGGAUGCAGUUAUUCUGAUCUUCCGCUGUGGAGUUUGUACAAUGAAGACAUUGUACAUAGUUCUUAGAUUUUUUUUAUUUUUAGGCACUAUUGUAUACAUGUUCCAUUGAUGGUUUCAUAUUUGGACAUGUGUAUAUAUUGAUGCCCUUAGGCACUUAUGUCAGACCAGUACCAAUUAUUAACACUUGUAUGA